AUGGCCACGAACAUCACCUUCCACGCCUCGGCUCUCACCCGCAAAGAGCGCAGCGAGCUGCGCAACCAACGCGGCCUCACAAUCUGGCUAACGGGCCUCUCCGCCUCCGGGAAAUCCACCAUCGCCGUUGAACUCGAGCACCAGCUUCUGCGCGAGCGCGGCGUCUCCGCCUACCGCCUGGACGGCGACAACGUGCGCUUCGGACUCAACAAGGACCUGGGCUUCAGCGACGCCGACCGCAACGAGAACAUCCGGCGCAUCGCGGAGGUCGCCAAGCUCUUUGCCGACAGCGCGACCAUCGCCAUUACCAGCUUCAUCUCGCCCUUCCGCAAGGAUCGUCAGACCGCGAGAGAGUUGCAUGAGGUUCCUACACCGGGUGAGGAGACUGGGUUGCCGUUUGUGGAGGUCUAUAUUGAUGUGCCGAUUGAGGUUGCGGAGCAGAGGGAUCCCAAGGGGUUGUAUAAGAAGGCCAGGGAGGGUGUGAUUAAGGAGUUUACGGGCAUUAGUAGCCCGUAUGAGGCGCCUGAGGCGCCCGAGGUCCAUGUGCGCAAUGUCGAUUUGCCGGUUGUUGAGGCUGUGAAGCAGAUUAUUGAGUAUCUGGAUUCCAAGGGGUACUUGCCUCCGAAGAAGGAGUAA